AUGUUGAAAAAGUACUCUUCAAUAGCCUAGAUGCAGCAAGAUAGUGCCAAAUCUGAUAGGUAGUAUCCAGUUUUGAAUAAGAUUUCUGUUUGCAUAUCGUAACAAUGUCUAUGAUCUAACACAUUUUGUAGAUGAUCAUCCUGGAGGAAGGUUCUCUCUCUAAACCUUCAAGGGUAAAGACUUAGAGAAUGUACCUUCAUUUAUUUUUAAUUCAGAUUCUAUUUAAUGCAUCCAUCCACAGACACUAACCCUCAGUACUCUCUUCUCUUGAACAAUAUAAAUGUGGUGUCAUUGAAACUAAAAAUCCAUAAGACAAUAAACCUAAGGCUCAAGUUACUGCUACACCUAAAUCGAAAACACCUUAAAAGAAUGACCAAAUCUGUAAAACCUAAAUGUCUGAUGACAAGACAAAUAGAUCAAAUCUAACAUCAAAAUCUAAAGUCAGUAUUUAAUAGCAAAGCAAUUUACUAUCAACUGAAUCAAAUUAAGUAAAGAAAUCAAACUUAAAAUAAACUUCCAAAACCUAAUCUAUCAAUAAAACAGAAAAUAUUAUUGCAGAAUCAACUACAACAAUAAAAUCUAAAUCUGAUAUAAAUAUCUUAAAUCAAUAAAGGCUUUACGAUACAUAACAACCUUAAGUUUCAUCUAGUUAACUUUCUAUAGUUUCUAAUCCUAAAAUUUCACUUUUAUCCCCACAAAUUAUUCAUGAAGAAGAUGAAUCUUAACCUUCUCCAUUAAAUAAUAAUGUCGAUAAAUUUGAAUCAGGAUUUAUUCCAGAAGACUUAGUGAAUUUAAAAGUUCCCAUUUUAAAUUACUAACUUAAAGGAUAUCUUAGGUAGAAAUAUACCUUAAAAAAUUGA